AUGUCAGACGAAGGGCUGUUGCAAAAUGAACAAUUCUUACGAAUCAAGAAAUUGAAUGCGGCAGAAAAUAAGAGACGUUCUAUCAUUGUGGAUGAAGAUGAUUAUGACGAUAGUUUGGGGCCAGCUGAGGACUCACCUCUAGAAAAUGUCAAUGAAGUGUCUUUACCUGAGGGAGUUGUGGCCCAGGCAAACCUUAUACCUGAGGGUGAUACGGAGGGUGAUAUGACUAUUCAGGAAACUGAAGAGAUCGAGGAUUGUGAGAGACCGGCUGUGGUAGUGACUGGUAAGAAGGAUGAGACUCCAGAGCAUCUUUCCGAUGCUGGAUUUACGAUACAUCUUAAACAGCUGCAUGGGAAGGAGAAACUGAGGUUUCGUCGGGACUCGAACCAAAAGAUCUCAUUCUUUGGCGAUGUAGCAUUCGAUUUCAGACCCAGUAUUCUCGAUGGGGCAAUCAGCGAGCAAAUUAGGACUAAAUUUGAAGGUCCUACGCUCGAGAAACAACUGAGAGAGAUUAAAAAAAACGCAAGAGCCUUGACAAAAGAUCAAAUAGUCAUUGAAAGUGACGUGCUUACUCCCAAUUUCUCAGGCUUUUACGUUCUUUUCUGGUUGGCCGUUGCUUUGACUUGUGUUAAAGUUUGUGUCAAUUAUUAUAUUGAACAUGACGGGGAUUUGAGUGACUCUGAGAUUUUGAAAUUCAUGACCACAGACUUAAUUACAGUGGCAUGGGUCGAUUUUUUGAUGUAUUUGAACACAUAUUUUGUUCUCUUAAUCCACUGGCUCUGUAAGCACAAUUACAUCAGGUGGAGUUCCACAGGUUUUACACUAGUAUCGAUUUAUGAACUCGGAUUUGUUGGAUUUUACAUGUUUCUCACGGAAAACGUAUUGAAGUUACAUUGGGUCGCCAAGAUUUUUCUCUUCCUACACUCUUUAGUUCUUUUGAUGAAGAUGCAUUCAUUUGCAUUUUUUAACGGUUAUCUGUGGAACAUCUCAGAUGAGUUGAAGUUUUCCAAAAACGCAUUGGCCAAGUCCAAGGAAACCGCUAAACCAGAAAUUAUUGAGACUCUGAAGAGAAGUAGAGACUUUUGCACAUUCGAACUAGAAUCACAAUCCAAGAAGGAACCUUUCCCUCAAAACAUCAAUUUCAAAAAUUACUUCAUGUACACGAUGUUUCCAACCCUGGUUUAUCAAAUCGAGUAUCCAAGAACAAAGAGAGUAAGAUGGGAUUACGUGUUUGAGAAGCUAUGUGCCAUCUUUGGUACAAUAUUUGUCAUGAUGGUUCUCGCUCAAUCUUACAUGUAUCCAUUGGCCAUCAAAGCCAUCACCAUUAGAGAUUCUCCAUGGACAACGUUGGCUGAUAGGUUGAAGAAAUGGUCCUUCAUCCUAGUGGAUUACAUCCCAGCAUUCAUUGCGAUGUACUUGUUAACUUUUUACUUGAUUUGGGAUGCCAUCCUGAACUGCAUCGCCGAACUGACUCGUUUUGGUGACAGGUACUUUUACGGUGAUUGGUGGAACUGUGUCUCAUGGGAUGAGUUCAGUCGUAUAUGGAAUGUCCCUGUUCAUAAGUUCCUAUUGAGACACGUUUAUCACAGUUCUAUGAGUGCUUUGCAACUAAACAAAAACCAAGCUACGUUGAUGACUUUCUUCUUGAGUGCUAUUGUCCACGAGUUGGCAAUGUAUGUUUUGUUUAAGAGAUUAAGAGUUUACCUGUUCUUCUUCCAGAUGAAUCAAUUACCUUUGGUUGCAUUGAGUAACUCAAGAUUCUUAAAAAAGAGAACUGUCAUUGGUAAUAUUGUCUUCUGGAUCGGUAUCUGUACCGGGCCAAGCAUGUUGUGUUCUCUGUAUUUAACUAUUUAG